UCAAAGGAGCAAAUGGCAGUGGCCAAGUUCAAAAGAACAAUGCGUACCCUAGCUCUUCAGUUCAGAAUAUCCACGCUCAGUUCUGGAACCCAGAGGCAGCUUUAUAAGAUAACAAAUAUAGGAGUACUGGCCGAACCAGAUAUUAAAAAAGUUAAAAAGCUUUUCAAGAUUAAGAACGAUAUGGAAGCAAUGUAUUCAAAGGCGAAGUUUUGUUUGAAUCCGAAAAAGUGUUUUCCUUUGAGUCCAGAAGUACUGGAACUAAACAAUCUACGUUUAAAUUUCUGGAAUAACUGGCGAAACAUAACCGGACGAAAAAUGAAGAACAAUUUCAAGAAAUAUGUGAAACUCAGCAAUGCCGCCGUGAAAGUUUUAGGUGAAUGGCAACAACUUUCACAAUGUUGUAAAGAUUUGGCAGAUCACAUGAUAAUAGCCUACGAGGUCAACAAUCUAGUACCCGAAGUGUAUCAUCUAAUGGAAAAGGUGGGCCCUCUGUACAGACAACUGCACGCCUACGUCAGACAUGUAUUGAAGAAAGAAUACGGUGCUAAGCUGUUCCCUUCAACAGGGCAAAUCCCUGCACACCUUUUGGGUAAUAUGUGGGCUGAUAGAUGGGACAGCUUAAAUUACCUGGUUCAGCCGUUCAAAAAGAAGACAGAACUUUACUUUCAGCGGGAACUCACUCGGCAGAACUACACAGUACGGAAGAUGCUUCAAACUGCCGAGGACUUCAUCGUUUCUCUCGGUCUAAAUAAAAUCUUCCCUAGUUUCUGGGAGCUUUCCAGUCUGGACCCACCAAAAGGUGAAGGCAAAGUAAUGUGUCUAACGACUUUAAUGGAUUUUCCCAAAAGAAAAGAUCUCAGUUCCGAACCAACGAAAGACUUCGUGACCAUACACAGACAAAUGGGGAAAAUGGCUUAUUAUAUGACUCGAAGAGAUCAGCCAUUCAUCUUUAGGGACGACGCUAAUGAGGCUUUUCACGAAGCCGUUGGUGGUGUCAUCGCACUGUCUGCUCAGACUCCGAAGCACCUGAAAAAACUUAACCUUAUCCAGACAGUACCCACAGACGAAGGUAAAACAUGGAGAUAUAGCCCAACUUCUUUUUGGUAUAUCGUAGACAACUGGCGAUGGUCAGUUCUUAAUGGGACUACAGCAGCAAAAAAUUAUAACAAAUACUGGUGGCAACUGCGGUGUGAAGUACAAGGAGUCUCUCAACCUAUCAGAAGAACAAAAGACGAUUUUGACCCUGGUUCCACGUAUGAUAUAGCAGCAGGUCUCCAGUUCAUGAGAACUUUCCUGGGCACUAUUCUCCAGUUCCAGUUCUACAAGGUAGCCUGCCAGGCAGCCAACCAUCAAGGGCCCUUACACAGAUGUGACAUAUACGGCAAUGCUGAGGCUGGCGAAAAACUGCGAUCCAUGAUGAAACUUGGCUCAUCAGAACCCUGGUGGAAACUGAUGGAGUCAUUGACAGGAGAAAAAAAUAUCGACCCCGGACCAAUGAUGGAAUACUUCAAGCCACUUUUCGAGUUCCUUAAAAAAAAAACGGAAAAAACGUCGGGUGGAAAGCGGCAUGUAAACAAUAAGAUUUUCUUGACUUUUUAA